AUGUUCUCUAAAUUCGACAAAACUCAAAUUGGUAACUCGACUGCCAUCAAAUCUUCGGUACAGAGAGCUAUCAGACAGAAAUUGCUCGAUCAGUUUGAAGGACUUAGAGUGAACGACGGCGCGUUACUCGAACAAAUUUGGCCAAAGAAGGAAUCUAUCUCACUCAUUAAAUGCCACAAUCAGCUUCAGCUUCUCUCCUUCAACGGAUUUCCCCUUUUCUUCCAAUCCCACGAUGACCCUUACGUACCUACGUUGAGACUUCUUCAUUUGUACCCCCACCUUCUCCCUCCAGUCACCGUCGACAGAGGCGCUAUCAGAUUCCUAAUAGCAGGUGCAAACGUCAUGUCUCCCGGUUUGACAUCGAAAGGCGGUCAACUACCCCCACCUGAAAAAUCCUACCCAGCUAACACUAUCGUAUCCAUCUUUGCUGAAGGUAAGGUUCAUCCUGUCGCUAUAGGUAUCUGCAAAACCUCCACCGAAGAAAUCAAAAAAGUUAACAAAGGCAUCGGCAUUGAUCUUCUCCAUUUCGUUGGUGAUGGUCUCUAUAAGUUUGAAAGAAUCUGA